CACACACACACACACACACACACACACACAUCUGAUUCCGACUCCACCGAACUUCGGACUUCGUGCCGACACUUGAACUUUAUUUCCUUUUUAUCGCUCCCUCUUUUGACUUGAGCUGUGUUUGAGUAAAGGGCUGAUUAGACGCUGGUCCACACCAUCGACACUAACGACAACACAAUGACAUUAAAAACCAGCAAAAACGAGCCUGCGGCGGUCCUGGACCUGGUGAACACACGCUCGGCUCUUUCAGACCUGUACCUGGAGCAGCUGCUGCUGAACAAACACAAGGCUGACAAGGCAGUCAUGCAGACAUUUGAGGCAAAGGAGCAUGAUACGGUGUACGCUAACGGCAGCACAGGACACAUGAACGGCAAAGAAGUGACUAAGAUGCGCGAAGUGGCCUUCAUGAAACAUCCGUCAGAACCACUGGGUGUGACUCUGAAACUGAACGAGAAACAGAAGUGUAUGGUGGCGAGAAUAUUACAUGGAGGGAUGAUCCACAGGCAAGGUUCCUUACACGAAGGAGAUGAAAUCACUGAGAUUAACGGCAAAAGCAUUGCGAAUCAGACUGUGGACCAACUGCAAAAGAUUCUGAAAGAUACAGACGGCGCGGUCACUUUGAAGAUCAUCCCCAACCAGCAGAGUCGCUCCAUGGUGUGUGAGAUGUACGUGAGAGCUCAGUUCGACUACGAUCCCGCCAAGGACGAGCUCAUCCCGUGCAAAGAAGUUGGGCUUAAAUUCAAAACCGGCGACAUCAUCCAGAUCAUCAACAAGAAGGAUCCGAACUGGUGGCAAGGCAGAGUGGACAAUUCAGGGAAAGACUUCGCAGGACUCAUCCCGUCCCCAGAACUUCAGGAAUGGCGUGCCGCUAGCAAAAGUAAGAGCGGCGGUGAGGCUAGUCAGUCGUGUAGUCCUUUUGGCAAGAAGAAGAAAUGCAAAGACAAGUACCUGGCAAAACACAGUUCGAUCUUCGAUCAGCUCGAUGUCAUUUCAUAUGAAGAGGUUGUGCAGCUUCCCGCGUUCAACCGGAAAACUCUGGUACUCAUCGGUGCGCCUGGUGUGGGAAGGAGCCAUAUAAAAAGUUCGCUGCUAACCAAAUACCCAGAGAAGUUCGUCUACCCUGCACCUCACACAACCAGACCUCAGAGGAAAGACGAAGAAAACGGACAGGAAUACUACUUCAUCUCUAACGAAGAGAUGACCAAAUGCAUCGUGGGGAACGAGUUCCUGGAGUACGGAAGCUUUCAGGGCAGCAUGUUCGGCACCAAGAUCCAAACCAUCCAGAAGAUCCACGAGCAAGAGAAGAUCGCUCUGCUGGACGUAGAGCCGCAGACCCUGAAGCUCCUCAGAACAGCAGACUUCGCUCCCCUCGUCGUGUUCAUCGCACCAACCAACUCAGGCAACCAGUCAGAAGCGCUGCAAGCCAUCCAGAAGGAAUCGGACACUAUUUUCAGCGUCUACCGCCAUUUCUUCGACGUCAUCCUGGUCAACAACGACGUGGACGAGAGCGUGAAAGGUGUCGAAGAGGCUUUAGAGAGCGCCUCCUCCAGUCCACAGUGGGUUCCUGUGUCCUGGGUCUACUGAUACUGAGCAGAUCCUUCAACCAGAUCCAUGAAAAAUCCCUCACUGUCGUAAAUCAGGCGCAAAACCGAGUCACCAGACGAAGCUCAAGUUCUGGCGGUUCAGGCUGCUGGUUAUUAAAGAUAUUUAAUUAAAAUUUGUUUUAUAAAGCAAUAAGUUUUAGAUUUUUUUUUCUUUUCCCUCAAAUCAGAGAGUUUAUAAAAAAAAAAAACGGUCCCAAUAAAUAAAUAAACAAACAAGGGCCAGUCCUGUGAUCAACACCACAAGUUUACAUCGGCUGUGUUACAGAGGACGUGUCAUUGUGUCGUUCUGGCUGUCGCUCGUGAGUAAAGUGUCACUGUGGAAAUUACCUGAAUAAAUUUAUCCAACACUGAAA